GGGAGGAGAGGAUGUGAUGGAGAAUCUACCUUCUAUCUCUCUGUGGACCUUUUAAAAACAUUUUCUCUCUCUCUUGAUCCUGCAGUUGUAUUACCUCAGCUCAGCCUCUUUGUUAUGUAAUCUCUCUUGGUGGUGUUACUGUACGUCAGGUGCAAGUGACACAGUCAUGGUGUGAUAAACCCGAGGCUUAAUUCUCCUCCAUAUACACCAUAUGCUGUGCUCUCCUAAGCGGGCAUUCAUGUUCGACACUGCGAUAAUUUUUGUAUCUUUGUCCAGUAUAUUCUACAUGUGCAUGUGUGCAUAAAUAGAGAUGUACAUAUGUGUUUUCCUCCGGAGGGAAACACUGCUCCACUUUUGCUCAACCCACCCAUAUGUCUCGCUGCUACUCUGUGCAGCCCAGCUCGCGCUCCAUCACGAUGAACCUGAUCAUUCCUGCACACACAGAGCUGGAAAGUUGAGUAACUUAAUGUCUGGUGACAUAACGUAUUAGUUGGCCCUUUCACAUUGUUGUAGUGUGUCAGGUUCCUUGAUGAACAACAUACUGAUGAUGCUUUUUGCUCAUAGAGUUGUAUCAGCUGAGGGCCGGAAAUGUAAAAAAGCAUUACGCUUUCAGCACGAUGCCGUGUGUCGGGACGGCGUUAUCGGGGAUAUUGGUCGUAUAAGCGCAGAGUGGCGGUGAUUAGCUAGCCAGUGGGUCACAACAGAGACUCGCAUGCGUGACAAAGUACAGAAAGCUCAGAUUACAAACAGAUGAUUAAAUCAAGUAAAAAAAAACAACACAGAUUCCCCAAAGCAUAUAAGUAGCCUCUGUAAGUUUUAGGAAAGAAAUAUCAACUUUUCCAGCUUUCUCCGACUUCAACAUUGGCCUUCACGUGUGGUGUUUGGAGAGCAGUGACAACUCCCUGCGUGCGACUUGUGCAAGUAUGAACACAUUGGUAAUUGCAGACAGUGUGCAGGCAGCUGCAGAGCAGACGAUAUUGAGACCUUUAAGACAACACCUGGGAAGGUUGAUAAUAUCGUUGGGAAUCAUAUUACUGGGACAUUAAAUAUUCGUGCCCAAUUUCAUGAAAGGAUAGUCGUCGUUGAGACAUUUACACGUAGUCCAAACAAUGGCCAUCCUCAGAUCCUGCUGCUAGUUGAGCAGAAAUGUCCCGCAAUGUAAUUAAAUUAUUUAUUCAAAUCAUCUAGGCCUCUCUUCUAAGUCUCGGCUUGCUUAUACAACCUAGUGUGAACAUUAGUUAAUUGUGCUACUGAUAUCUUUGCAGAAAGUGCAGAUUUGUGCGACGCUGCUGUGGCGCCUCUGCAGAGGCACUGAUCCCAGGUAUCUACUUGUCUGUCCAAUAAGCCUAAUGACAUUGAGGGCCACAUUCAUAAUGACAUUGGUAGGCAGUGCCAGGCGGAUUAGGACUCCAGAUGGUGCUGUUACUGCCUGACUGUCUGGCCGCAGAUGUGCAGCUGCAAGAGGUCACAUGUUUUACUACAGCGGGCAGCGCUGCCACUGCAGCCCAGCAGCUCGGCAUCACACAGAGUCUUCAGCAACACUAAAGCUGACUGUCACAAGUGUCCGUUCACAAGAGUGUUUCUGGAGUUUGAAAGUGUGUGUGUGUGUGUGUGUGUGUGUGUAUGUGGGGCGUGUUUCUCGCCACUUUUUGAUAGCGUCAUGAAGCUGAGUUUACCAUGCAACAGAUGUCGCACUAUCAAAUUAAAGCUUAAUGCCCGGCCAGCUCAAGAAAAACACUUCAGAGCUGACCAUGACAUCGCAGAGCUUAAACACUCGAUUGUGUGUGUGUGUGUGUGUGUGUGUGUGUGUGUCCGCUCAUGCAUGUCUGUGUGUUUUCUGCUUGUGCCCAUGUCAUGUGUGUGAUCCGUCUGAGAGACGCUUCACUCCACAUGAGGCAUGACACUUGCUGGUCGAGGAGCUCUUGAGGAUGACAGCGUCUCAUUUCCGCUCCUCUAAAAAUCACCCAGGAAGUGACACCGGUUAUAUUUAUAAGAGCAACUGUAGCGCAGCAGUCACUGUUAUCCCCUUUUUGACUGAGGCAGAGAGGUUGGUUUUUUUAUGCCAGGCGUCAGCUGCUUGCACCCCUGGGUCAUGGUACUCUGAACAAAAAAACAGGGGAUUUGCAUAAUUCAUUACAGUCGCUGUGGAACGGAGAGGCGACACAGGUGUGCCAGGCAUUGUGGGAGAACGAGCAUGUCUAAGAAGCCAAAGGUAAAAAAAACAACUAGAAAAAACACACAACCUGUUCUUGUUUCUGUGUUAAAUCAGCAGCUUACUCCUCUAUCCAGAGCUUGUACUAUUACUCGUAGUGCUUGCUUGUUUUCUGAAAGCUUUUGCAUUGCACGUACAGCUUAAAGAGUGCUUUUUCUCUGUUUGCGAAUUAUUUUCGGCGUGCAGGUUUUGUUUGUGACGGCAUCCACAGUGUUGCCGUCUAUAUCCUGUCUGUCUACGCAGGCCUAUACACUGUAGGAAGUAAACCUUGCAUAAGUAGAGCUUAGUUUUUAAUCAUGGAUUCACGGGGGACUGUGUCUGCUUGUUAGUCCUGUAGAAAGGCAUUGGUGCUUGUAGGUGAAAGACAAUCUGCUGGGUCAUCUUUCUCUUCCUGUGUGUAGAUACCUCCAACAGGUCUGGUGAAAGAGUCUGUUCGUGUAGCUAAAUCCUAUCUUUGAAAUCUGAUUUAGAUGGUUUGGAGCAGCAUGAUUUAAUCUUUGUCAUUUUACACAAUGUAGGGCAGUACUUCCCAAUCUCUAAACUCGUGAUCCCUUGAAAUUAAAGUUUGUUGUUUUUACUUGUUUCUAUUUCAAGAAUUAUUAGAAGCGUCACUAAAACUCAUUAGUAUGUCUGUCAGUUUUGUAAUAUUUUAAAUUGUGUAGUGUUUACAUCAUUGUUUACUAGCUAGCAGUCUUCUUCAGUACUGGGUUUGUUGCUGCAUUACUAUGUUUAUUUGUGUGUUACUGCCAGCAACUGUCAACCAAGAAAUAAUGAAGAAUGUGCAGCAGGAAUAUGUAUUUUGUGCAUGUGUCCUCAUGUGGGUGCAUGAUAUUCACUAAAUAAGAACCCACUUGUACAAACAUUGCUCCAUAUGCUUAUCAAAAACUCCACAAGGGACCUUUUUAAGAGGUUAUUGAUAAUCAUGACAUUACUAGAGAAAAGGCAGAGAUUGCAAAAAUAAACCCCCAAGUUUGCAACCACUGCUCGCUUUCAUAUAACCUUAGUAAUAUGAAAUCUUUGCAGGUUUAAAGAAUAGAUUUUAACCGUUUCUGACCAUGUUUCAUGUCAGUCAUUCUUCUCCUCUAAAUCCUGGAUUGGUUGAAAGGCAGACGCAGAUUUAAAUCUCCUUACUGAAAGAAGCAAUCAUCACAAAGUGAGUCAAGGGAUCAACUGGACACAAGUAAUCACCCCCGUGGGUGUUAUUGUGUGCAGCAAUGGAUCGUUCCCUCCCUCCUGUAGUGAUGUACAGUACACGGAGGAUCAUGUGACGACACAGAAGAUGAUCGUCUCUCACUGCUGCUCAAACUGCAUGACUGUGUUCAAGUUAGGAGCCCAUCAGGGAUGUCAGAGUAGCACACAAAAGUGGCUUUGUUAGUCCGAAAGUGUACAGAAAAGUAUACUGUAUGUUAUCUGUUAUGUGACAGAAAAUGUAAUGCAUCAUGUGUUCAGAAGCAUGGGUCCAAUAACAUUUAACUCUUAAACUGUUUAUUGUUUUUUGUAUAUUUAAUGAGACUCUGGUGCAUAGUUCUCAGCUCCAUCCUUCCCAUUUUUCAAUUUCUUAUUUAUAAAAACGUGUCUGAGCUGUCAACAUAACCACAAACCAUAUCAUCAGAUAUCAGUCCGUACAUUUAACUAUAAAUGACCACUCAUGUGUACAAUGAUGUGGGUCCCUCUUGAUCUCUUCCGUUGUGUUUCACAGGGCAGGCGGUGUUACUAAGUGUGAAAGUGUGUUUGCGCCCAAUGCGCUAGUGCCCUCUGUCAGUGUUUGCCUGACCUGUGCAUGACUAUAUUGGUCACAACGGUCCCAAUUUGCCGGCUGAAGAGUUUUUCCUAUGACUCCAUGUGGUCCGGCCGAUGUGUUGAUGUGUUCAGCGAGCGUAAAGUGACUCAGCGCCACACACUCGCACUGCAGCCGCCAAACGCUGUACACUGUUGUGCAAGUCGGCGCUUCAGAAGUCAUCAAGUCUUUGCUCCCGUUCGCUGUCCAGCAACUCUGAGCUCAUGAUCUUCAUUCCUUUGGGCAUGCUUGACAAGUUGUCUUGGUCUCCACUGACUAAACACAUCUUGGGAAGGGUAAGCUUUACUCAACUUUCGACUCCAAUCUUUGUUGUAAUGUGCUGUUCUAAUACCACAUUAUUAGGCCGUGGCUUUAGAUGCCACUGCUUCAGUUGUACAGAAAAGUACAGCGGUGUUGUAUGAUGUGUGCACGGGUUCGGUGCUGAAACAGCAGUCGAACUCUCGAGUCGCUCAGAGAGGAAACGGAACAGCUGGGGCUUCUAUCUCUCUUUCACAUCCUCUAUCUCCACCUCUCUCCCUCAUUUUCCCUCCUUUUUCCUUUCUCUCACUGUCUGUAAUUAGAGAUGGUCCCAUGGCUCGAGUGGCCUGGCAUGUGUUGUAGCUAGGUAACCUCAGUCGGAGGCUGGCUGCCGGCCCUGGGGGGUUUCAUUAGAUGUGAAUCACGGUCCCAGUGGGCACAGCAUGGGGUCUCCAGUCUGAUCUGGAUAUUAUGCAUCAGCACCAGAAGAGUCCUGCUCUGAAUUGGGAGUUGGGAAUUUGAAAUUGUUUUUUGAAUGCCUUGCUUUUUGUAACUAAACUUCUCAAAUACAUUAGUCUUUGAAGGAUUAGUCCUACAUGCUUAUUUGAUUUCUUGUCGAGAGUUAGAAGAUCGAUACCAUUCGUAUCGGUAACUAUGAGGCUGUAGCCAGUAGCCCGUUGACUUAGCUUUGCAACAGUUACAGGGGGAAACAGCUAGCCUGGCUGUGUCCAAAUGACAAAAAAUGCAUCCACCCACCAGCACUUCUAAUUUAACAUUGCAUCUUCAUACAAAAACCCAAGUUGCCAGGCAACCAGCAAAAACUGCAAGAAGUUCCUGCUCCCCACUGAAAAAUAGUUUGGCAAAUGGAUUAAACAAACCUGAUGUAAUGUGUUAAUUAGUCUUCUAAAGAUGGAUUAUGUUACCCUUUGGACAGAGCCGGGCUAGUUCUUCCCCCAUCUUUCUAGUCUUCAUGCUAAGCUACGCUAACUAGCUGCUGGCUCAAGCUGCAUGUUUACCAUACAGCAGAGAGUGGUGUCAGUUCAGGCAUUUAACUGACAUGUAGUGUAAUUUCAAGCAGGGCUUCUCAUCCUUUUUGUAAUUGAAGGCCCUUUUCUCAUUAUUAAAAAAAUCUGAGGACCACCAUCCCAAAUAUAUUAGAUAACGAUAAGCGUAAAAUAAAGUGCCCGUUAAAUAUGUAUGAUGCCGCUUUCAGCUGUAAUGACCAAAAUAAAUACUCUGCUUGCCCUCAUCCAUCACUGCCUUACAUUAUGAAUCCAAAUUUAAUAUAUUUCCUAUUUAUCAAAUGCUUUGCACCUUUUACUGGUGUAGGGCUGUGACGUUUGAAAAAUUACCUUUGAAUAUUUGUUCUAAAAAAACGCAUACGUGUGACACAGCACUGUGCAGCUCUGACCGUAAAGGAUCAUUUACAGGAUCAACGGAAUACAGUGUUUGCUAAAUAGAUUUUACUUCCUUUGUUACGUUUUGGACAACAGAGAAAUAGCCCUUCUGGAGCAGUCCAGUUUCAUUAGUAUAAAAGCAUUCUUGGCAAGGCAAAACACAUUUUGCAGGGGCCUUUCUGACAGAUCUUCAGUAAUGUAAUUAUUGUAUAUUUUAGCCUAUUAGUGAUCUUUUUAAGUUUACUAAGCAUAACCUCAUCGUAUAAUAUCAAAUUUGAUGGAAAACACAACACUGUCGUUGUUGCUGGAUAUUGUUUCUGUCAGUGGCGAGAUGCUCCGGGUGAGAAUCAAUAAAUUAUCUUCAGUGCAUUGUUUUGUCUCGUGUUAUGAUGUCUUCAGUGUUAUGAUCUUUUAUUGAUGUAACACAGAUUAAGUCAUGAUCCGGAGUGCUUUCACUCUGGCGAGUGUGUUUGGCAGAGUAGAGAGGUUUUGUUUUGGACUGUUUACUGUAAUAGUGAGUCUGGUGGCCACCGUGGAGUCACGAAAGUGUUGGACCUCCUGAUAUGGAGGUAGAAACGGCCCGGUGGCAUGAGAGAGGGCCCUCUAACUAAAAGUACACAAGUGUGCUUACGGCUAUACUGCAAUCUGACUCUGUACUCCCUCUAAAAAAAAAAUGAAGGUGUGGCUGAAAAAAAUGUACAUUCUUUUUGCAAAAAUGUAAAUAUUUGCAGGUUUUCCAAGUCGUCUCUGAUAUAAAACUGAAUAUCUUUAGGUGUUGGGCUAUUGCUUGGACAAAGCACAUCUGAAGACGUCACCAUGGGCUCUGGGAACUACUUUCUGACACUUUAUAGACCAAACGUUUAAUCAAUUACUUAAGGAAAUAAUCAAUAAUGAAAGUAGUCGUAAGUUGCAGCCCUAAUAAAUAGAUAGAAAAAGAUGUAAGAUCAAUAAAUCAGGAUUCAAUUUCUGGAUUUAACAACCAUUAACCUAUAAGAUAUGUGUGGUUGUUGUCAUCAACAUGCAAUAAAUCAACAUAUCUACCACAAUAUAGAUAUUUUAUAUUUUUCUUUUUGUCAACAAAUCCCACUAAUGCAGUGAUUCUGCUAAGUAGACCUAUUGUCUGGUAGAAUAUCACCAGCCUUAUCCUUUAAACAGCAUUAUAGACAACAAAGAAUAUUGUUUCCAUACAUGUAAAAUGUAGGUAUUAUUAUUUUUCUCUGAUAUAAUCUUUAUUGCACAAUGUACAUGAAUGUGUUAGUUUAGUAUAGGUACGCCUUCAGUAAGUCCUGCCAUAGAUCCUGUCUUCAUGAAGGUUGCAGUGUUCGGAGAGCUGUCGAUACCAGGAUUUAUUGCAGGGCUGUUGCAUUAGGCGAAACAGAAUCAGAGCGGUGUCUUUCAGUCUCUUCAUACUGCACAAGGUGCCUCUUUAGUAACUACGUAAUGAAAGGAAACGACUGUUGGCAAUGUCAUUUUUGUGGUGAAGCACAUUGGAGUGUCGUAUUGAUCUCCACCUCGUGGUCCAAUUACUGUAUGCCGGUUUUGUAAGCUAUCCUGUUGGGCCUUUUGUGUGCCUGUCAGCGUGACUGCCUUCUGACGUCACUGUGUGCAUGUAUACUGAUCGAUGAGCCCAAGGCGGUGCCGGCAUUCAUUUCCCAGAACACGAAGACAUUGAUCUGUCAAAUCCCAUUCAGAGAGUCCAUUAUGAGAGGGCUGGUAAUUGCUGUUGGCAGUGAAGAAUGCUAUUGUAUCGUUACAUUAUAGUAAUUACACAAAAUAAAGCAACCAAUCUGGAGUAUAGCUUUUUCUGCUUUCAUAUUCACAGUAUGCUAAUAGAGAUGCUCAAACCCCAUUAUAUACAUUGAACACAGUAAACUUGAGUGGCCUCAGCUUAAAGAUCCUGGCAGGGAUAGCUGGAGCAACACAAUAUCAGUUAACAUACAUUGAUUUGUACACAAUUUGUCAUCGCUGUGGUUGCCUUGCAGAGUGUUGCAGACUUCACAUGCAAAAGUCAUUUUUAGUGAGCAUUCAGAGGCACCAGAUCACACUUCCUGAUCAACUGUCAUCACGCUCAGCAUGCGGAGGUUUUUUGCCUCCAGGGCUCGACUUAAUUAUAGUCCGCUUUUGCAUUUAAUUUACCUUGACCGCGCGUCGCCGCUGCAGGGUUUGGAUUGGACUACAAAUUGUAAAACGUUUGGGGGCUGAAAAGCAAAAGGGCUGAUUUUGUUUACUCUUCGAUGACAGGAAAUUCAUUUUGAAUAAAAAUGAUCAUUGUAGUUGCAGUCGUACUAUAUUCAUCAGAACUGGAGACGGUAUGCAUGAAACACUCUUGAUGAGGAGACCUUAUCUGUAUGGUAUCAAACAGUAUGGCAUAAUAUCGCGAUAUAUUUUUCGUGGCAAUAUUAUAUAGAUACACGGACGCCAAGUAUCGAUCUUUUUUUAUACUCUAUUAAUAUUGCAAAUACAAGUUAAACCUUUUGAUAACAAAAGAUUGAAGUAAGAUGAACCGAGUGAAAACUUUGUCUUAUUUGAUUAAACAGAUGUUGAAAAAACUGCAUAAUUUGCAAUUGAAAAAAAGGUAUUAAAUCAAAAUAUAUGUUUUCGCAAUACUCAGAAUAUCAAAAAUGUAAAAAGGUCGCAAAAAGAUUGUUUCGUGAUAAUAUUGUAUUGUUGCUUCUGGUUAUUCCAACCCCUCUUAUAUAUACAAACUUGUGCAUCAGGACUUGAAAUCAUUGUUCUGGUGAAAUGAGGAUAACUAUCCCACAGUUCGUCACGUGCCGAGCGCACACAGAGGAUGAUAAUCCUCAGAAAGGGGUUAACCCUGAUCAAGCACAAUAUAAUCCAGGAUUUAGGAUGGGCCGCCCGGAAAACAUUUUCUCCCCACUGAAAAAUACAAAUCUGGGCUUUACGGGGAUGUCGAAUAAAGCUCCGAGCUUGUAGUUUUAUAGUUGCGUGAUCUUACAAGUUGGGCAUGAAAUGGAACUGUUUGGUUCUCGUCUGUGCUGCUCAGUCGCUCCACCGUGACCUCUGACGGAGCCGUAUUCCUCUGUUGUUACUCCUGUUUUAUGACAGGAAAAUCUAAAUUGGUCAUUGUGUCCUUUUGUGAACUCGUGACUCAGAUGUAAGUUUCCAACUCAUUUUUUUGAGUCAUGUUUUACAGCUUUAAAUAGUAUAUUUGUGUUGCUCAGCCAAACGUGAGCUGUGACGUAACAGCAGCGUGGUUACAAAACACACAUCACAGCAUCACAUUGUCUGAUGUCAAAGAGAUUCUUUUACGUGAAUGUGUGUUUUUAUUACAGUAACCACUACAGUUUCUUAGAAGCACACCAGCUGAUUAAACUGGAGCUCCGACUGGCAAGAGAAAUCCGUCACUUCAUUACUAAACCAACUUUUAUACGGCUUUAAUUUUAUAGAUGUAAGAGUUGGUAGUAUGUUGUGCGCUCCCUGUUGUCUAAUGUAAAGUUAAUGGUGUACCAUCAAAUAAACAAACGGAAAGUUUGAAUGACUUUGGUCCCCUUGAUGAUGAAAGCAAAUAUGGCAUUUUCGUCGAUGUAGUGAAGAUAAUUACUUCCUGACGUUUUGGUCUCAACAACAUGUGCCGAGGCUAUACAGUGAGUUCAAAUCCUUCAGCCUUCCUCCCCUCGGAGUGUUACCUCUUUAAGGGAACACAUGUAAACUCCCCAGAUCACACACUCGCACUCAGACAUAAAAAGCUUUUGCAGCUGCUUUUGGUGCUUUCUGGAAUUUUCAGGCCGGCCCUGUUGGCCAGAGAUCUUACUUCCUAACUGGCUGUGUGUGUGUGUGUGUGUGUGUGUGUGUGUGUGUGUGUGAAACAGUGUUCAUGUGUGUGUGUGUGUGGGAGGGGAGAGGGGCAGGGGGGCUUGUUUUUGGGGCUGGAGGACGGUUGCGGCUCUCUGAAGGAGUGUUCUCCCAGCGUGGGAAAGACGCUGAUCUUUUCUCUGCCUCUCAGGGACCAAAGUAGGCCAAAGGAGGUCUGAGAGGAACUAACUUCUUUCCUCCGGCUCCAACUUUCACUGCCCGGGCUACGGAGGCAAAGCCGUUCCCCUCUGGAGCGGGGACAAGGGGGAUUUGUAGAAGCGAACCAGUCGGGCUGGUAGGAGUUCCUGUGCUCCGAGAGGAGAUGGGCAGCAGCUGAGAUUUUCUCCCAGCCGGGCUGAACCGCAGAGAGUCGGGUAGAACAGCAAUGUAUCACUCCGGCAGUGAGGAGUCAGAUCUGGGUUCGGCCGACUCCUACACCAGCCGUCCAUCAGACUCCGAUGUGUCCCUUGAGGAGGAUAAGGAGGCAGUGCGCAGAGAGGCAGAGCGACAGGCUCAGGCACAGCUCGACAAGGCCAAGACCAAACCAGUUGCAUUUGCUGUUCGCACAAAUGUCAACUACAGUCCGUGUAGCGAUGACGAUGUCCCCGUGCCGGGCCUGGCCGUGUCCUUUGAGGCUAAAGACUUCCUCCAUGUCAAAGAGAAAUUCAACAACGACUGGUGGAUAGGACGCCUGGUGAAGGAAGGCUGUGAAAUCGGUUUCAUCCCCAGUCCAGUGAAGCUUGAAAACACUCGUAUCCUCCAGGAGCAGAGAGCCAAACAGGGCAAGUUCCACUCCAGUAAAUUGGGAGCAAACUCAUCCUCUAGUUUGGGUGAAGUGGUUCCUAACUCACGGAAAUCUACACCUCCUUCGUCUGCUAAGCAGAAGCAGAAGUCGGCAGAACACAUUCCUCCGUACGAUGUUGUGCCUUCUAUGCGGCCCGUGGUUUUGGUUGGACCGUCACUGAAGGGCUACGAGGUGACAGACAUGAUGCAAAAAGCACUGUUUGACUUUUUGAAACACAGAUUCGAGGGAAGAAUAUCAAUCACUCGCGUCACGGCGGACAUCUCUCUGGCCAAGCGCUCAGUCCUGAACAAUCCCAGCAAGCACGCCAUCAUCGAACGCUCCAACACACGCUCAAACUUGGCUGAAGUCCAGAGUGAGAUUGAGAGGAUUUUCGAACUGGCCCGGACGUUACAGCUGGUGGUUCUGGACGCCGACACCAUCAACCACCCGUCACAGCUGGGGAAGACGUCCCUCGCCCCCAUCAUCGUCUACGUCAAGAUCACCUCUCCCAAGGUGCUGCAGAGGCUCAUCAAGUCCAGAGGCAAGUCCCAGGCCAAACACCUCAAUGUCCAGAUGGUGGCCGCUGACAAGCUGGCUCAGUGCCCUCCAGAGAUGUUUGACAUCAUCCUGGAUGAGAACCAGCUGGAGGAUGCCUGUGAGCACAUGGCUGAUUACCUGGAGGCCUACUGGAAAAGCACUCACCCCACUAGCUGCAACCCCCCCAACCCACUGCUAACCAAGCUGCCCACAGCCAUCCUGCCCUCCGGUCCAGCGGCGGUCACCAGCGUGCAGGGUGGCAUUGCAGAGCCGAAAGGAGACAAAGCAUUAGUGGAGAGAAAGGGCUCCAAAGAGGAUCACCAGCACCAUCAUCACCAUCACCACCACCACCGCCAGGACCAGGACCAGGCCGAUGCCGAUGCAGAGGCUGAGGGGGAGGACAAUGAGGAGGAGCGGCCUCUGAGGACUGAGGCCUCCAAGAGAGCCCAGCACAUCCACCACCGUUCGUCUUCCACCAGGACUGAGCAACACAACCACCAUCACCACCACCACCACAACAGUCGAGCGCGGGGCCUCUCCCGGCAGGAGACUUUGGACUCGGAGACCCCUGAGAGCCGAGAGAGCCGAGAGAGCAAGGACUCUGCUUAUAAUGAGCCGCACACUCAGCUCCACCAACAGGAGGUGGAGGAGGAGGAGGAGGAGGAGGAGGAGGAGGAAGAGGAGGAGGAGGAUGAUGAGGAUCUAGGGGAGGGGCACCCCCAGCAGCAACAGCGUUACGAGCCACUGCCCCACCGGGACCACAACCACCAUCACCACCACCACCAUCACCGCGGUGGGACGGACGAGGCCGGCCAGAGCACGGGACAACACCGCUCUAAGGAGCGCGAACAGGACCAUAACGAACGGAACAAGCAGCGCUCGCACCAACACCGGCCGGCACGCGACCACCACCACCACUACUACGACCGGGACAGAGACAGGGACCGAGAGGGGGAGGUGGCUCCCAAAAAGAGGGGUGAGGCAGGGGAAUGGGCCAGAGACUCCUACAUCCACCAGUGACAGACCAAAUCCCUCCUGAAGCUCAUCUGGACUUAACCAUUCUGUUCUCCCAUCGUGCUGCUAUACCCUGAAACCACAGCAUCCUAUUUAUGUACACUUCCUUUGUAAAUGCUGUUGCAUCUUUUUCAAUGGCAGGAUUUUGAUUACAUAGAUACAAAUAUAAAUAUAUAAAUAUAUGUAUGUGUGUAUCUAUGCAUAGACGUCGUUUAUGUGUGGAUAUGCAUGAAUAUUCUCAAAUAUGCAUAUUUUAAACCUGUGUUUGAUAAAGCAUGACACAAAAGCAGAAUUGUUUUUUCUGUACUGAGCUGUGCUUUCUGUGAUUAGCAUUUUUAUUUUUUAUUGUUUUUAUUAAUUUUGCUUGCUACCACUUGAAUAAUUUGUUCCUUCAGACUACUGCUAGGGUUGACUGUGUUGACGGUUGACUAACCAAGUGAGUUUGAUGCCGUAUUUUGCAGCGGCCUUUUGUUUAAAAGAGUAGUUUUGUCAAUUUGGGAAAUACGCUUGUUCGCUGUCUAGCUGAGAGCUACCAGUUUAUUAGGUACACCUACAGUAGCUCAUAUAAUACAGUCUAAAACAACAGUCCUACAAGAAAAAUCCUAUUGGCCUGACGGGUAUAAUGUUCGGUUUUUGUUUAAACUGAAUUUUAUGAUCAUUUUGGAGACUGCUGUUCAACUCUGUUGUUAUACUGGAAGGUGUUUCUAUUAUUCUGUCCACCACAUUGAUAUGAAUGAUGGUAGUCUAAAUAACAGGAACAAGACUGUUUUAUUGGACUGCAUUAGUUUUCGCUGCCUGAAUAACUGCCAACUGAGUCUAGAUGAGAUCAAUAACACUCAAAUAUAAAGCUUCAGCUAGCAGCCGGUUAGCUUAGCUAAGCUGGAAACAGAGAAACGGCUUGUCUGACUGUAUGAAGAUAAAAAACAACAAUUUAAAGCUCACUAAUUACAGAAAACUUAAUUGAAAAGAAAAAGUUUGGGUUUUACAGCAGGGCUAACCUUCUCUAAGCUAACUGGCUGCUAACGCUAGCUGCAGGUUCAUAUUUUGAAAAGAUACGAAAGUGGAAUCAAUCUUCUCAUCUAACUCUCGGCCAGAAAGAAAAUAAGCAUAUUCCCCGAUGUGUCAGACUACUUGAUUUUAUGUUGUAUGGCUUAGUUUCUUUUUUAAAUUCUGCGUCCAUGAUUUUAGACAUGUGGUUUUAACAUAUUUAAGCCUCGCUCGAGGUGCACCUUAGUCUUGCUUUCCAAGACGAACGAGUUCUACGAUAACUUCCUCUCUUACAUGCAGUACUGUUCUUUGUAUGGGUCCAGAAACAUUUUGUAACAUUGAUACACACUUUAAUCUGCACUUUUACUGAUUCACGUUGGUUUCAAGUGAAAUUUGAUAUGACAUUGCAACUUUACUGUAGGUCUACAACCAAAACUCCAUCAAGGUUAAUCUUUUAUUAAGUCUGAACCCCUUUUUCUAACAAAUGUUGUUUAAUUCCUACUUUAACUGCAGAGUUUAAAGAAUGUUCAUCCUAAGAUAUCUUCUUUGGUAUGCUCCUUACUAAAAAAACAAAUCAAAAGAUGCAUUUGCAACUCAAACUAUUCAAAAAUGUUUACCAUUUGUUCACUCCCCUGACUAACACAAUCUAUUCCAAGAGUCAAUGACGUUGGAUCAACUUUAAACUUUUCUUGUAUUAGUUCAUGAUGCUGAAAAUCUGAAUUAAGUCCCUCCGUUUAGAAACCCACCCUGUCCCUUCACUUUCUUUGAUUUUGCCUGACAAUUGUAAUUAUAAAAGACUCCAUUUCUAUGCUACAUUGGUAGCACUACAGGUUUUCUAACUGUGUACAUGUGUAUGUACAUAAUGCAUAAAUAUAAGGAAUAAAGUUGGCAACAAAGAACUGAUGCCGAGGGAGAAGGACUUGAUGUGUGCUUUGUCAGAAGACCCAGACAGAGGAGGAGAGCGUCUAUAAAUAGUCAUCUGAAACUCUGCUGAAAAAUUGAGGUAGACUCAUCGGGCCUUCCUCCGGAGUAGUCAUGACAACAUCGACAUGAACGGCAAUACUGAGGGGAUGCAUCCAAAAUAGCUUCUCCACACACAGAUGCCUCCAAAAUAGACAAGCGCUCGCAGGGGUGCAGCUGAUUUGAUCUCAGGAUUUUAACGUCGUUUAGUGCAGCAGAGAAAAGAGCGGCCAUGUUAACCAGCAGUCUACAUACACUUAAAAUGCACAGAUGCAGGGCGGCGACGUGCAGCUGACAUUCCCAGACAGAUGUGUGUGUGUGGACGGACAUAUACGAGUGUAAUGGUACUGAUUGAGCGGAGGUCAUUGUGAAGGUCCUCAAAAUGCUGCGUGAUGGGAGAACAGGCCAGAUGUUUGUGCGCUGUCGGCACAAAUCCAUAAAUUCUGUGCAGA